AUGGAUGACGUGGCGGCCUCAUCCACCAUACAAUGUGAACCCUCCCAAGUAGUGUUUGCUGAUGGAUUCUCAGAUAUUAAUAAGUAUCACCCUCCACUCACACACUACAACUGUACAGAUGCGACACCGCGUACGAUCAGAACUUUUCCAACUGCUCCUCAUCAGCACGACUCGCCAGAAUCUCCUCAGCGUAGCCAUCUCUCAUUUCAUUCUUCCUCAGUCAUCCCGCCUACCACUAUGCCUAUCGUCAUCUCCUACCCCGCUCUUCGAUGUGUUAUCGAGUUUCUCGAUGCGGCGAAACGCCAAUACGUCACUGCCCGUUGCCCAUCCCUCCGCCUAGUCAAUCAAACCAUACCGCUCCACGUAGAGAAUCUGAAUAUUGGAGAAUUAUAUCUAGAAAUCAUCGGAAAAUCACAAUUCUCAGCGCAAUUCUUUACAAAUCAACAAGUAUCGUUUUGGGAUAAGAACCAUGUGCGUAGAAGGACUGCGAGAUUCAAUAUGGAGCAGAAGGAAGCUAUCAAAAAGUUUUAUGAUUACUGGUUGGGUAGUAGAUCAGAUAUCUAUGUGAAUCAUGUUUCCUUUGGAGGAAGUUCGAUGACUAUGGGGAAUCUUCCGGUGAAUUUUAGCUUAACCGUUAAUAAGUUUUUAGCAAGUCACGGAAACUUUGAAAGUUUUCUCCCUGCUAUCAACCCAGCCAGUUAUGCACUGGACAGUGUAGAGAUAUCUACUACCGGCGUCCUUUCUCUAAACCAUCCAGUCCUCCAUACCGCCCAGAAUCUUACUAUCAUAACCAACCAAGAUACUAAUCAUGAGCAUUUAUUAAUUAACAAAAUUCGAAACAAGAAUGUAUUCAUUGGUUAUGAGUUCAUAAUUCUGGCGGAUCUAUUAGAGAUAAUUGAGGAUUGGAUGUUUUUCAAGAGAGAAAUCGGCACAACUUUUACAUUUUUCGAAGAUUUUCGGAAUGAUGUGUCUGCGACUUUGAAUCAGGUGUAUGAAGAGUUACACGAUUGUAGAAAGGAGUGGAAGGAGGAAAAUAAUCAGGAGCACAUGAUCCGUGAAUACCGCCAUUUCUUUAUUGAAAUCGACGAUGCAUCCAAGAUUUUGGUGUAUGGGGAAAGGACUCGAGAGGGAACAGGGUCUCGUGUGGUGUUCAAAGUGGUGGCUAUGACAGAUGCAGUGGAAGAUGUUGAUAUGGAAGCGGAUUAUAUGGAAGUGGAUUAUAUGGAAGAAUAG